UGGAAAAAUCCCUAUUUCUGGCUUUUCACAACUGCAAUUUUUCUUUUUGUUUUUUAUUCUGUUACUGCUUGAGGAUACUAAGCUUUUUGCUUUGAAAAGCCUUGUUCUUCGAGAGAAAAUGAAGGUUCCUUCAAAUCGAAUGCUGGAGAUUCUCAUCUCCAGCUACUUACAAUGUCUGAAGCAGAAAUACUGCCUCUUGCUGAUUGUGUCUGGUGUUUCUGCUUUCUUCUUCAGCCAACAGCUAAUAGCACAAGUGUUAAUAUCUAAACAAUUUUGGUAACAUGUCACUCUCCAAUACCUGAUCUAAUCCCUUAAAACUAACGACUUUCA